AUGAAGGUCUCCGCUGCCCUCCUGUGCCUGCUGCUCACAGUAGCUGCCUUCAGUACCGAGGUGCUCGCUCAGCCAGGAAUUAAUUGUUCAACUGCCUACUGCUCUACACUCACCAAUAAGAAGAUCCCUAUCCAGAAGCUGGAGACCUACCGAAGAAUUACCAGCAGCCAGUGUCGCUGGGAAGCUGUGAUCUUCAAGACCAAAGCGGACAAGGAAGUCUGUGCUGACCCCAAACAGAAGUGGGUCCAGAAUUCCAUAAAGCUCCUGGACCAAAAGUCCCGAACACCGAAGCCUUGA